AUGGCGAUGUCGAUAUCCGGAGCUGUGCUUAGUGGCAUGAGUUCUUCGUUCCUGAUCAACGGAGGCAAACGAAGCGGCGUAGGAGGUGGAUCUAUGAGAGUUGGCUGGAGGAAUGUAGUCGUUGCACCUCAGCGCAAGAAGUCGUGGCUCACAGCCGCCGUGAAAGGUGAUGACAGCUCAAAGAAUGACCCCAAAUGGCUGGAUGAUGCCUCACAGAAAGCUGGCGAUUUCGUGAAGGAGAUGGGAAGCGGAGUGGGACACGCGUCUGCUCAGAGAGGACAAGAAGUUAAAGAUCAUAUGGAGAGAGCAAGAAACUACUUUACCGAGAAAGCUGGUGAAGCGAUGGACACAGUCACGGAACAUGCUAAGAGAGCUUCGGAGUAUGUGACGGAAAAAGGCAAAGAGACGAAGGAAGAAGCUGUUUCAGAGACGGAGAAAGCCAAAGAUUUCAUCGCCGAAAAAGCUGACGAAGCCAAAGAGUCUGCGACGGAUAUGCACAAGAAAACGACUAAGUACGUCGGAGAUAAAGCAUCAGAAGCUAAAAAAGCGAUAUUGCCUCCAAAAACUGAAGUGUAG